GAUUUUUUUAUUACCUUUUCCCUUGAUUGGGGCAAGAGAGUCGCCCAAAACAGAGCUCAAAUUGUUUACUACAUGACGGAAAAUUUAGAGCUGCGACGCAGUGAGUUUAGUCAGAGACUGUGCGAUAUGACAGGCUGCUCGCAGGAAGAGGCCAGCAAGGGAGUCGAUGUCGCAAUACAGCGGCUGUUUUACUGGGGUGCUUAUGCAGAUAAAUAUGGAGGUACUGUACAGGUAGGUGUGAGAAUAAACCAACUAAUGUUAACAAGAAUACCGUGCUGCACGAAAUUUUUGGAGAGUUCAUUUUUGCGGAUUGGCGAUUUGUUGUGUCUUGCGGGAACCAAUUUUUGCGAUUAGGACAGAUUGGUUUUUCUUGGUGGGAAUUAAUUUUUGCGGUUUUCAGAAAUUACCCAGUAUCCAGCUAGCAUUGAUAAUAUUUUCGUUUUCGUUAAGUACGUGCAAUAGAAUACAUACUCUCAAACAAUACUAUGGUAUGCCUACCCUAUGUAAAACCAGUAAUUCAUUGUAUACCGUUUUGUUUCUAAAUGAAAGAGGCACGAUUUCAGACAGACUGGAUUUCUUGGUAAUGUCUUGUGUAGCGAAUUUAAGGUAGAGAAUAUUAACUCUGGAGUAAAUCUUUGCGGGAAAAAUUUUUGCGGUAAUCUUUAUGUGCGUUUUUGUUAAGUACGUGCAACAGAAUACAUACUCUCAAACAACACUGUGGUAUGCGUACCCUAUGUAAAACCAGUAAUUCAUUUUAUAUCGUUUUGUUUCUGAAUGAAAGAGGCACGAUUUCAGACAGACGCGAUUUCUUCGUAAUGUCUUGUGUAGCGAAUUUAAGGUAUAUAUAGAGAAGAAGGGGAAAAUGUUUGCUGUAAUUUUUAUUUGCGGGAACUUAUUUUUGCGGAUCGCUUGAAAAUCGCAAAACUUUCGUGCCACACGGUAGGUACAAAAUGUAGGCAUUAAUACAGUAGAUGGAAAAUUGAUAAUCAGGUUGUUCGUAUUCUUGAACAGGACUUAUGGACAGUGACUGAUGACAAACUGUUCGAUGGUCAUCUUCCGAGUUAAAUGUGCGUGAAUAUAACUACCGCACGGGUUGUCAUUAGUCACUCUCCACUAGUCCUAUUCAGGACUACACCCACCCGGACGAUUAUAUCCCAUCGACAUUUAUCAUGACUCCUGGGUUCAAACCACUCACUAAAACAAUGCAGACAUUUAAUUCGCAUUUAAUUAACUUGCACAGUCGCUCAACUUGCCGACUUCCAUGAUUAACUCGCUAACAUCUUUUCCCUGGAGUUUUUGGUAGGCGACACUACCUUUCCGAAGUAGUUCAGGCAGCUGGUAUCAAUUAUCCGUGUGCGUGCUGUAGUGGAUAGUCGGAACUAGGGCUGGAAAACCCCCUCCACCCAAAUUCCUCAAGAAUCCUUCUUGGGCGUCUUUGAUUCUUCUUUGGUACGUGAGGGUACGUUGAAAAUACAACCCACUAAAAUACUUCAACCUUUUGCGAAGACGUUCUCAACGGAACUUUCCAUAAUGUUAACUAGAGAAUAGAAGAGCGAGUUUACCAAAGUGGUAUGCGAGUUGGUACGUUGCAAAAACAAGUUGAUUAUGGUCACGUGUUUGUGGCAAGAAACUGUCUACUUGCCAUUUGGACUUUCAUGUUCUCCAAGCAACUUUCCAGGAGCCACUUUAAGGCCAUGUCUUAUAUUAAGUAUUCUGUAGUCAACAUUCUGGACACCUUUGGGCCCCUUUCUAAGGGUCCGUUUUAGAGAGGUGUCCGUCUUAUUGAGAAUAAAGAAAGGUAGGGACUAACUCUGGUUUCCGUUUUACGUCUUAUGUAAGUGUCCGGUGUAUUGUUUAUAAGCAGAAACUCAUAAGGGGUUGAAACGUGUAACUCGCGUUCAAUGCUCGUGAAUAUUCAAUUUUACCAUAUUUGGAAACCUUAGUGACAGAUAUCCAUUUUAAACAAAUGUCUGCCGCGCGAUCUCCAUGCAGAUGUUUUAAGACAAGAGUUCUGCAUUUCAAGGUUCAAAGAACACCGUUAAAAGACAAAAAAUGGAAAGAGAAAGUUCAAAAGACUGCUCAGCUUUCUUUUUGUGGAGGAAGGGAAGCUUUUCAUCAAGAAAUCGUCCUUCGAGGAAUUCAACCUUGUUUUCUUCACAACGGAGCGCAUGGUCUGUUUUGAAAUGCAACCAAGGCAGUGAAGUGUUUGCUGAAUUUUCAGGUACAUUUUGCACUCUAUGGUCAAGACAAUUACGUUUUUGAAAGGGAAUUUAUGUAUUUUUAAAUGUUUCAUAAAUUUUUCUCUUCGGCGCUAAAGAAAAAUUACAAAAUGUGCCCGAUUUGAGAUGGAUUUUGUGUUGAAUUUUGCCACGUGCUCAGUCAAUUUCACUUGCGUUAACGGAUCCACAAUCUAGAUAGUGUUUCCCGAAUUGCUUUAAAGGAUUAACUUUUUGGAUUUUGAAUGAAAACUUUCAAGAAACGGCUUUCCUGUCUAUUUGUUUUGACUUUCUUCAUUCAUGAAAUUAGCUCAAAACACGAUCGUGACCACAUCCAAGCUAAAUUUAAGCUUAAAGUGACAAGAAUGAGUUAAAUCCUUCUCACAUUACUUUCACGCAUCACUUUUUGCAAAGAUUUCAGUUUCAGGUUUUGGACACUUUUCGAUACGCAGCUAAUGAAUUUUAUUCGAAAAAAGUUUUACAGUAAUAUAAGAAUUGCGGUAUAAGUUUACUGUGCAGAGGGUCAACGUUUUUUGAGGUGACAACUUCAAGAAGGUUCGAGGACGUCAAUGGGUUUCAUAAUGUUACGUUUGGCCCGGGUGGUAAGGCAAUAAUAUCCUGCUCAGUAGUUCGGUAAGAUUCCUGGUUUCAACCUUUGAAAGCUUUCUCGGCUUUCGGGAGUUUUUCCCCCAUUUGUCGGCCAUUUUUUUUAAGCGGGCGCGGGAACGUAAAGUAAAAUUACGUCACGUUGUUUACGAAGUUUGAUUGGUCAGUUAUCUCUUCUUCUCGUUCCAAAUAUGGUACUUUUGAAAAUGAAUAAUCACGAGCAUCGGACAAAGCAAACAUAUGAGAGUUACACGUUUCAACCCCUUAUGAGUUUAUUUUAUAAGUCAGUAGUUAAGAUACAUCUUAAUUUAAGGGAACGUCGUCAAUAUGGCACCAUGACCAAGUCUUAUAGGCAAAAUCUCAAAGCUGUUGCCCCUUGUUUAACUUUCACAUGCAAAGAUUCGUUUCCAACCGCGGCAGUAUUAGCUCAGUCGGUAGAGCGCUUGACUGCAGAGCGGGAGCUCCUGGGUUCGAUUCCCAGGAGCGGACCAACACUCAGGGAAAUGAAGGUACUCACUUUGCACUGCAAGCGGCUGGACGUACCUUAACGUUACUCGGAUGACCACGUAAAAUGGCGGUCCCGUCUCUCGUAGGAGACGAAAAAAAUAGUGUCCCCAUUUAAUACUUCCUGCUAAAUACAUUGACACUCAAAUAAAGCGGGUUUUUUUAAACUCGCAGUAAUAUGUUUUGUUGGCUAACAUUGUACCUUCUCUUCUUGGCUUUUAUAUUUUCCUCUCUCUCCCCUCCCUAAGGAAACGCCGUUCUAUGGUGCUACAGUUAAGAUCCAUGAGCCUGUAGGGGUGAUAGGCAUUGCUUGUCCUGACACGUGUCCCUUACUGGCCUUUGUGUCCCUACUGGCGCCUGCAGUCAUCCGAGGUAACACUGUAGUUAUCGCACCAAGUCAGAAACAUCCCAUGAUUGCCGUGGAUAUGUACCAGGUACCAAUCAUGUCCAUUUUAUUUUCUGAGUUAUUUUGUGCGUUAGUACUCUGUUUUGAUCGUGGACCACUGAGUUCAAAAUUUUUCUGUGCUUUCAGGUGAUCGUAGUCGUUUUCUUCUUUAAUUAUGAGACCAUAAAAGAAUAUGUUUAUUAGGCAACAAGAAAUUUAUAUUUUCCCGCGAUUAUCGAUUGAACAUAUUCUAUAAUCGAUUAUAACAAAUUUUUCGGCACACAAUUGUUGUGUGUGAAUACUCGAAUAAGCGCCCAUAUUAUGGCCUAAAGUUUGAAACAUGCCUCUUCUCACUCGGCCUCUUAUCUUUUGGUAACCGACAAAGGCGGGGUACUAUGUCACUUUUCUACGAUCAUAUGGCUUUCUCGUUCACUACAUCACUAAAAACUAAAUUUGCGUCCUUUCAAACUUAAUCGCGUCUAUUUGGACCCGCUCAAUUUGUCAAAUGAAAUGUAGGCGACUUUUCCUGGAAUUGAAUUCUUAAGGACUUAAUCCAUGUUCAAAGAGAGAAAGGAAAAUUUGUCGUCGUAUGCCCACGUCCUCCAUAAAACGUCGCAUUGGGAGGUUUCACGUCGUAGUCGUGCAGUGGACGUCGAAGUAUUGUACUAAAAAGCGUAAUGCACGUACGGAGCUUUUGUUUUGCUCAUAAAACCAAUCGUUUUUUGACGUCGUCUUCGUCGUAGUUGCUAAAGCUCCCCAUUACAGUACAAGUAACGCUAACACGCGGUGAAGAGAAAAAGUAUUUUUCUUAAAUAAUUCUCGUAGUGUAGCUCAUUCUGAAGAAUCCCGUGGAUGGUCCAGCUCCAACACUGAAAAAAUUACCCGGCAGAUAUUCAAAAUCUGAUCCUCAAAAUUUAACAAAGAAUGUUUGCCCUGGAUUUAUGAAAAUGGCUGACAGUUUCAAUUGUUACCGCUAAUCCCGAUGAUAACUUAUCAUCGGGAAAUAUCAACUGAGUUGCCGAAAAGGAGGGCCUGAAUUACUAACACGUCUUCCAAUUUUUCAACUCAAAAUUGAACGCCGGAAAUAUUACCCUAUCCCUUAUAGGUGAUUUUACACGGGACGAUUCGCAACGACCGUUUUUAGCGCAACACAGCGCUGCAAUGUUGGAACAAUGUUGUAACCAUUCGAAACAAUGUUGCAGCAAUGUUGCCACGCUGCAUUGCGCUAAAAAUCGUCGUUGCGAAUCGUCCCGUGUAACAUCACCUUCUGUCGAAUCACGUUCAAACGACGGUGUUACCUGUCCAUUUUGCCGCGCUUUUUGCGAUAACUGCAGAAUUUUAGGUUACAGUUUGUGCUAAAAAUUUUUUACAGUGUCUCCGGCAAGGUUCGUUCGUUCGUUCAAUGAGGAACAUUGCAUAUUUUUUGUCGCUCCCUUUCUGUAGAUUUUUGACACGUCGGACUUGCCCGGUGGUGUUGUAAACAUCGUCACAGGGGACCGCGAUCACCUCACUAAAUACCUGUCCGAACAUCAGGACGUUCAAGCCAUGUGGUACUUUGGCUCAGCGGAGGGAAGCAAAUUUGUGGAGUGGUCAUCAGCAGUCAACGUGAAACGUACCUUUGUAAACUACGGUCAAACCCGAGACUGGCUUGACAACUCUCAGGGACAGGGUGAGGAGUUUUUGUUCCACUCUACCGAGUGCAAGAACGUAUGGCUUCCGAUGGGAGACAUCUUUGCCAAUUAG